AUGGAUGACCAAACAGCUUCUCGAACAGAAAAAUGGAAGCAAACAACAGGUAGAAAAAUCUGUGCGAAACUCUAUUGUAUGGGUUCUUUCUUGUAUCGUAAAUUAAAUGAGACGAUGCGUUUGCAAGGCGAUUUCGCUUUCGAAAUUCUAUGGAAAAGUAAAGUUCCCACAUUGGCUCCAUUUGCUGUACUGUUGAAUUCAGCCAUGAAUUUUAAUCGCACUCAUAUGAUAGUAUAUCGAGGAGUGACGAUGGCUAACGAACAAAUUGAAAAAUUUCGACUGUGCGUUGUCUCUGAAAGAAAAAUUCAAUUACCGGCCUUUACCUCAAGGAGUCUUAACCGGGACGUGGCCGAAUUCUUUGGCAGCAACGUCUUUUUCGUCAUUGACCUCGAAAAGGAUACUAGCUCUCUGGAUGUGUCACCAUAUUCAAAUUAUCCAAAUGAACAAGAACUUUGGCUUUUCGAUGGUUUUCCUGCUAAGGUAACAUCGUGCCACUUCGACGAAACCGCAAACAAAUGGGCAAUUAAGCUCUCAAGUUUACGCAACUCCGACCUCUAA